AUGGACCUUUGUAUCACCGCCGAAGAGCCUUUCGCUUAUGAGCCGCCCAAGACGAAGCCCUUUGCGCCAGUCUCGCCCCCUCUCACUCGAGCCGAGACUCGCAACACCUCAACCUCUGGUCGUUCAGCAUCACCGACGUCCCUGCCCUCUCACACAGCAGUUCCCGAGCUCGAGUUCGAUCUUAUCGUCCAUGAUCCCAACAAUGACAGUUCUUUGACUCACCCAUGGGAUCUUCCUCAGACGUCCCUGCGUGUCCCCCUGGACACGUCCAGAGUCCAUCUCCUCACUCUUCUGCGCGAGCGACUUCCAGUCCCUGAAUCUCCAAACGCCAAAUCCCGUUGCACACGCUCGAUUCGCCGCCCCAAGCUCAUCGCUGCGACACUGUACUGGACCUUUCGCGGCUCCAUUCUCCCACUUGGACCGAGCGACAAGGACUGGCACUACCGUGACCCCAUCACUAAGACCGACAUUAUGGCUCGCACAGAGCUCGAGUGGUUUCUACUAAAGGAGAUGAUGGCUUCAUCUGGAGGCGCGCUCAAGUGCUAUAUUGCCAUUCGUGGCGAAGCGCCCCCGACUAAGAAGACGACCGGCUGGUGGUUUGGCAGCACUGCUUAA